AGCGCCGCCAGAGUGAGAGCUACCCAUUGUUUUUGUUGACCUGGUCAUUUCAUCUCAUCUGUGUGCGGCUUUUCACCCAGUUCGCCCGAGUCUAUUUCCAUGCCAAAUGGCCGCCUUCAUGGAGGAAGCGUUAGUGGAGGCGAGGCGGGCACGUGACGCCGGCGAGGUGCCCGUGGGCUGUGUGUUCGUUCAUGGGGGCAAGGUGGUCGCACGUGGCGGGAACGAGGUGAACGUCCACCGGAACGCCACUCGCCACGCGGAAUUCAUUUGCAUCGACGCUAUCCUCGCCACCUGCCGCGAGAAACGUCUUCCGGCCCGCCAGCUGUUCAGCGAGAUCACCGUGGUGGUCACCGUGGAGCCCUGCAUUAUGUGCUCCGCCGCCCUGCACACUCUGGGCGUCAAGGAGAUCAUCUACGGCUGUGAGAACGAUCGUUUCGGAGGAAAGACGGUGGUGGACGUGGCCGCCGUCGUUGGCCAUAGGAUCGAGAUCACGGGCGGCGUGCGGGCGGAUGAGGCGAUGGCUCUGCUAAAGGAAUUCUACAAGGGCGACAAUCCGGCGGCACCGCCACAGGCCAAGAAGAAAAAGUAGGAUCAAUUGGUGAGGCCAACAGCGUGCGUGGAAAAGAGGAGCAUGAAUGGAGUCAACCGCUGAUCCUCAAAGAAGUAGGAAGCUAUUACAGUCAUUGAAUUAAUAUAUAAAAUAUGAUAAAACUAUAGAAGAAUAGUAUAAUCUACGUUUUCGAAAAAUUCAAUUACUUGCAAGCCUUCCAAACUCCGGAAACGAACAGAUUACCGAAAAUCAGAAGGCAAACCUCUAGUUUACUCAAUAUUUCAGAGGGAACAAGCCAAGAAACUUAUUUAUCUUAUAAAAGGAAAAGUAUUCCGUCGAAAGCAUCGUGAAAUAGAGAAUUUCAAAGGCACACAACCAGAAAUGAAAGUAGUUAGAAUACAUAAAACUACAAUCCCAUGAAGAAGGAAAACAUUAUUGCUUCAGUCAUCUGCAUCCUGGAGACAUAUGUCCGAAAGUAAAAUAAGUACCACUGCAUCAUUCUUCGACGAUUUCUGUAUAUGAUUCAAUUUAUUAUAAUCUUUAAGCAUAGUCUAAGAUACAUUGUAUAUGGCGUUCAGAACGUAUGUUUUAACUCUAAACAUAAAUACAAUUACUGCAUAAAAGCUA